AUUCAUAAAUGAUGUCGCGUCAUGCUGUUUUCGUUUGGAUUACACUUUUAAGCCUUUAUCAGUUUGCAAGUACCUUUCCAGAUCGUAGACCAUUUAGGGCAGGAUCGUCCGGACAAUAUACAAAGGAAGAACUAUUAUGGAUUCGUUAUUUCUUAACUUUGAUGAGACCAUUUCUUCCAACGGCGACGAAUACCAGCAGUGAUUAUUUAGCAGAUGAGAACAUGAUGAAUUUGGUAAAAGAUCCAGAAUUGGAAGGCUGUAUUAGAAAACUUUUUUUGGUUGAUCAUGACUAUGAUUAACCGUAUAACAGAGUUAUUUGAAAUUAAAAUAUUAAAAUAAUAUGCUUUUUAGAUGAAUAUAUGUAUUCAGACUUAAUUGUACCCUGCAAUGAAUAUUUUGUUUGAUUAACUUUCUUUAUUUUCUUUCUUUUUUAACAAAUAUUUAAUGAAUAAAACUGUGAU